UACUGACAUCUUUACGUUUCUUUCAGUAUAUACAGAACAAUUUUAUUUAAUGACACAAAGUUUAAGUUGACAAAAUGAUUUGCCAUUUAUAAUAAUGAAAUAUACUACAUGAGGCUAACAAUUGAAUUGAGUAAUUGUAGUUAAUUUGUUUAAAGAAAAACAUUGCCGAACUUUGCAAAUGGAUAUCGGUGAAUUACUCUCGUACAAACCGCCAAAUACACCGAAAAGGCCGGUGGCGGGAGAAGACGACGACGACGAUGAAUGGGAAAAUGCUAAGAAACCAAAAAGGGUUAUUAAAACUCCAUAUCAUGCGCGUCAAAGACAGACAAAAGAGAUUGAAGUCACUCCAGUUAGGAGUAGCGAACCACCCACACCAAUUAGAGCUGCUUUACCUUCCCCAGCGAACGAUGUGGUUGAACCACAAUUGACAGAAAAAGAGAAACAAGAUAUUUUAAAAUAUGUAGAAACAGAAGCUCCAGAGGUGGAAGCAUUAGACGAGGCAACGCUUAAAAGGAUGGUGCUUUUAUUCGAGAAAAGAGCGCUCAGGAAUCAAGAAAUGAGAGUGAAGUUUCCUGAUCAACCGGAGAAGUUUAUGGAAUCGGAAGUUGAAUUGCACGAGACUCUUCAAGAACUUCAUGUUGUUGCCACUAAUCCAGAUCUAUAUCCGUUAAUGGUAGAGUUAGGUGCUGUACCUUCUUUACUCGAAUUAUUAUCGCAUGAAAAUACAGACAUAGCGGUUGGUGUUGUUGACCUUUUGCAAGAGUUAACGGAUGUAGAUAUUUUACAUGAAAGUCAAGAGGGUGCGGAUACACUUAUCGAUGCUUUGUUAGAGCAACAAGUUUGUGCUCUUCUUGUUCAAAAUUUAGAAAGGCUGGAUGAAAUAGUAAAAGAAGAAAGUGAUGGAGUUUAUAAUACUUUGGCUAUCUUUGAAAAUCUUUUAGAGUUCAGGCCUGACUUAUGCGCUGAUGCUGGAAAACAGGGACUGAUGCAAUGGCUAUUACGAAGAAUUAAAGCAAAAGCACCAUUUGACGCUAAUAAACUUUAUGCUAGUGAACUUUUAUCCAUUCUGUUACAAAGUACAUCAGAAAAUAGACUUCUUCUUGGUGAACUUGAUGGUAUUGAUGUACUACUACAACAGUUAGCAUAUUACAAACGUCAUGAUCCUCAAACAGCCGAGGAACAAGAAAUGAUGGAAAAUUUAUUUAACGUACUAUGCUCGAGUCUAAUGGCAACUGUGAAUAGAGAUAGAUUUUUAAGAGGGGAGGGUUUGCAACUUAUGAAUCUAAUGUUACGGGAGAAAAAAAUGUCUAGAAAUGGAUCUCUUAAGGUAUUAGAUCAUGCAAUGAAUGGUCCAGACGGGAGAGAUAAUUGUAGUAAAUUUGUAGACAUUCUUGGAUUAAGAACCAUAUUUCCUUUAUUCAUGAAAACUCCAACCAAGAAUAGAAAAAAGAUGCUUACUGCGGAAGAACACGAAGAACAUGUAGUGUCAAUUAUAGCGAGUAUGUUAAGAAAUUGUAAGGGCCAACAGCGACAGAGAUUAUUAAGUAAAUUCACGGAAAAUGAUUAUGAAAAAGUAGAUAGGCUGAUGGAGCUUCAUUUUAAGUAUCUCGAGAAAGUGGAAGAAGUCGAAAACAAUACAAAGGAGGAUGAAGACGAAGAAGAAUCGUACCUGAGGAGAUUAGAUGGCGGACUAUUCAUUUUACAGUUGGUAGAUUAUGUGCUAUUAGAAGCUUGUACCGGUUGUCAACCAGCAGUGAAACAACGAGUUACGCGAAUUUUAGCUCAAAGAAGAGCAUCUCUUAAAACGAUUAGGCACAUUAUGAGAGAAUAUGCUGGCAAUCUUGGUGACGCUGGCGACUCGGAAUGGAGAGAAGCAGAACAGCAACACAUAUUGCAAUUAAUCGACAAAUUUUGAUGUACACUUUUUAAUGAAGAAUUUCAAUUUUGGUCAUCCUCACUGUAUACAAAUCGUUAUCAGAAGUAAUAGUCCUAUCCUCUGUUAAUAUUUAAUAUAUGCAUGAAAUAUAUCGUACAAAAUAUUCUUUUUUAUACGUAGGAACGAGAAAUCAAUUUGUAAAAAAUUAAA